GCUCGGAGCAAAGGGGCGGGACGUGCAGGUGCGUGCUGUUUAAAAAGCUUCUGGGAACUCAUCGCGAAGCACAUGAUCGAGACCGGUCCUCCAGAGAUGCGAGGCAAGGCUUACACUUGAUCAAGCAAAACAAACAAGUGCGUGGAAAAACGACAGGCGAGGAUAACAGAGGCCCAAAGCAUCUGGAUUAUAUUUCAACAACCGGUCCACAAAUGAGCAACAGAUGAACUUCAUGAGGUCCUGUCAUCUGAUGAAAGAGUCAUCUGAUGAAAGAGUGACCAAUUUAUCCUCCUCUUGUUGCACUCUAUCUAGGGGCCAGUGAGGCUGAAGAGGCAUCCCUUCAGCCCGCCUCACCUUGUCACCAUUUCCUCUCAGAGUUGGUCCCCCAAAAGGUUUCAAAAUGUUUCUCCAACGCUUUUUCCAGAAACUCAGACUGUUUUCCAAAGCAGAAGCAGCACAGCCCUCCCAGACUGAGGUGAUGGGAAGCGUGCGAGCCAGCCGCUACAGCAUUGUGUCAUCAGAGGAGGACGGCAUGAAGCUUGCCACUAUGGCAGUACCAAACGGCUACGGGAAUGGCAAGGGCAAGGUGCAAACUAGGCACCAGCCGCAAAGCAGAUUUGUAAAGAAAGAUGGUCACUGCAAUGUGCAGUUCAUCAACAUGAGCGAGAAAGGUCAGCGGUACUUGGCUGACAUCUUCACUACGUGCGUGGACAUCCGCUGGAGGUGGAUGUUCAUCAUCUUCUGCCUCGCCUUCCUCCUGUCGUGGCUGUUCUUCGGCUACAUCUUCUGGCUGGUAGCCAUCUUCCACGGGGACUUGGAAAGUAACUCUACAAAGUGCGUCUCCAACGUGAGCAGCUUCACCGCCGCCUUCCUGUUCUCCUUUGAGACUCAAACUACUAUCGGCUACGGUUACAGAUACGUAACAGACGAGUGCCCCGUCGCUGUCUUCGUGGUGGUUUUCCAAAGCAUUGUGGGCUGCAUUAUUGACGCCUUUAUCAUCGGCGCUGUCAUGGCAAAGAUGGCAAAACCCAAGAAGAGGAAUGAAACGUUGGUUUUCAGCCAUAAUGCCACCGUGGCCUUGAGGGACAACAAACUCUGCCUGAUGUGGCGUGUGGGGAACUUAAGGAAGAGCCACCUGGUGGAGGCACAUGUGCGCGCGCUACUUCUAAAGUCCCGGACAACGGCGGAGGGGGAGUACAUCCCCCUGGACCAGAUGGACAUAGAUGUGGGCUUCGACAGUGGAGUCGACCGCAUCUUCCUGGUUUCGCCCAUCACCAUUGUCCACGAGAUCAACAAGGACAGCCCCUUCUACAACAUGAGCAAACAGGACCUUGAGAACACUGAGUUUGAAAUCGUGGUCAUCCUGGAGGGCAUGGUUGAGGCGACUGCCAUGACCACACAGUGCCGCAGCUCAUACGUCUCCAGCGAGAUCCUCUGGGGCCAUAGGUUCGAGCCAGUGCUCUUUGAGGAGAAGAACUACUACAAGGUGGACUACUCACGCUUCCAUAAGACAUACGAGGUGCCCAGCACCCCUCUGUGCAGCAUGAGAGACUUUGCAGAGAAAAAAUACAUUCUCACAAACUCUAAUUCCUUCUGCUACGAAAACGAGAUGGCGCUAGAGAACAAAGAGGACACUGAUGAGGGGAACGGGGGCAGCGUUGGGCCCGACGGCACCCAGACAGACAAUAUCUCAGAGACUGAACACAGCCAAGCCACGGUGCCGCUGGAGCCCCGGCCUCUGAGGCGAGAAUCAGAAAUAUGAGUGUUCAGACCUCAUAUGAGGGAUUUUCUAAAAUCAACUCUCUGCUCUGAAAGGCACGCCGAGCUGGGCCUUGGGUAGAGGGCAAGUCGAACGGUACUGCUGUGGGAAGCGGCGAAGGGUUAGGACUUUGUGUGUAAGAGUCUGCUUGAACUUUGACUACAUACAGUAUGACAAAACACAGCACUAUGAAACAUGUGCAUAUCGCAAAGAACAAUUCUCAAUUAAGUCUCAGUGUCUGCUGACUGCAAGGUGACAGGCAGGAAGGAAGUUGUUGAAAUGACUUGAAAAUUGCAGGCAUGUCUCAGUUUCUCUGUCCGGCAUGAACAAGAUGUUUCAGAAAGGUGGUUUUUUAUAGUUAGGAUAUUUUUAAGUGCUGCUAGUGUUACGGUUUUGUAUUUAUGUUUUCAUUUUCCACCUUUGUUUUGAAAUGUUUUCCUCCUUGUGUCUUCU